AUAGGAAUUAUAGGCUAAGGGCCUCUUCUAGCUUCCAUAAUAUCUCGUGGCCUGUUUCUUGGCCUGAGAUCCUAAUUCUCUACCUGAUUACCUGUUCCUCUGACUCACACCCUCAUCCAGUCGUAACCUUUGACUCAAACUUCUCUGGUGGCCCAGGGGAUUGAACCCGAGAAUUCAGGGCUUCAGGCAUGAAAGCUAUCUCCCUUCCCCAGACUUACUGUGUGUGUGUCCAACAGAGCUGUAUCACUAUUGCCACCAGGGAACCCCAAAUCUAAGCCCUAGCAGUGCAAUAGCAAGAUUUCAUUAAUAACAUUUAUAAUUACUGGUUAAGUGGACUGGCAGGAUGGGUCAGCUUUCAAUCUUGUCUUUGCUUCCAUCCCUCCCUUUCAUCAUUCCUCUAUUUGUGAGGCUCAAAGGUUUUGUGUGAAAGUACAUUACACAUUACUGUAAAGGACUAAGCAAAUAGAAGAUUUUCCUGUGAUGAUUAUUGUCAUCAAAGCUAAUGUAGUGCUAGUCAUAAAGUUUGACCUACAAAAUCUCCGCAAACCUUGCUUGAACUUGCAGACAUAAAUAGAAUCUAAAUAUAUCAAUAGCAAAGCCAGUUUGAAUGGGAUUAGAUCUUCACCUGCACUUUGAAUUAAAGAGGAUUUUUUUUUUCUCUCUCUGAUGACCCCUUAUGGAAGGGAGCUAGGUCCUAGGUCGGCAGGAGGUCUCGCUGAAGGCAGGGUGAGGACCUGGCAGUCUCAGCAGCUCAUCUCCCUUGGAGAGGAAGUCUCCAGUGCUGGCUUUGUGGUCACCAAGGUGACGGGACUAACUUCCGUCCCAGCCUGGGGGUGGGGGUAGCACUCCCUUGGCGUUCCCCUCCCCCCAGGUGCACCAUGGCAACCGGAAGUUGGUGUGGUGGUAGCGCCAGGCAGUUGCGGCUGGAGAGCCGCGGUGUAGAGUCCACCUCCUCUGAGGGAACUUGAAAAUGUACAGCCAACGGUUUGGCGUCCUUCAGCGAGAGGUUAAGGGUCCCACUCCCAAAGUGGUGAUGGUGAGAGCCAAACUUCCCAAAAGUCAAGAUACUGAGAAAAAUCUAGAAAGAAUCCAACGCAAUCGAAAGAAAAAUAAUGCUCUUUUGACUUCCGUAAAGUCAAAGGAGUGGGACCGUUUGAAAGCUGAGUGGGACCACCAUGUUGACCACAAGUUUGUGAACAAUCUUGUGAAAGCAAGAGUCAAGGAUGCCAUGCAAGGAUAUAUCAUAAACACAGAAGAGAGACGAAAUAAGCUUCGUGAACUUUUAGCAUCAGAAGAAAGUGAAUAUUUUACUGAAAUGCAACUGAAAGAAGAAACAGUUGAGGAGAAGAAAGAUAGAAUGAGACAGAAAAUCAGGUUACUAAAAGAAAAGAAAGAAAAAGAGAGACAGGAUUUUGUGGCUGAAAAGCUAGACCAACAAUUCAGGGAAUGCUGCGAGGAGUUCCGUGUUGAACUGUCUUGUAUCCAUCAGAAGAAUGUGUGUGAGGACCGGAAAGCACAGAUAGCAUUUAAUGAAGAGCUCAAAAGGCAAAAACUGGUGGAAGAGCAGAUGUUCUCAAAGCUCUGGGAGGAAGAUCGAUUAGCCAAAGAAAAGCGAGAAGCCGAAGAGACAAGGAGACAGAAAGAGCUGGUGGAGAAUACUCGCCUGGGGUUGAAUGCCCAAAUCACCAGCAUCAUAGCACAGAGGAAGGCAGCACAGCGGCUGAAGGAAGAGGAGGCACGCCUUGUGGAAAAUGAUACUGCACGAAUAAAAUUUGAAAAUGAACAGGAAAGGCUGAAGAAACUAAGGUCAAAACAGGAAACUAGAGCCACUCUGGAAAAAGCCUUCCAAGAGAAGAUGGAGCAUAUUCAGCAGGAACACAGAGAAGAGCAGGAUUUGAACAUGAAGCUCAUACAAAGGGCCCUUCAAGACUUAGGAGAAGAAGCUGAUAAAAAGAAGCAUAAAAGAGAAGAGAUGAUGAGGGAACAGAAGAUAUAUAAUCAAUACAUUGCACGGCAGCGUGAGGAAGAAAAAUGUCAGGAGAAAGAGUUGGACCGAAUGUUAGAGAAAGAGAAGGAAAAGAAAUUGGCAGAAAAGGACAAGCAGCUGAAGCUCGAAAAGGAGGCAAGGAAACAACUCCUGAAUGAGGUCAUGUGUACACGGAAACUUCAAGUUCAAGAAAAGUUGCAACGCAGAGAAAAAGAACAGGAGGAACGUACUAUAGAAUGGGAACGCAUAAACGAAGGCCUUAAAGAACUUGAGCGUGAAGAGCAGGAGAAUUUUGCAAGGCGCUCUGGUUUAACCCAGGAAUACAAGAAGCAGCUUGAAAUGCAAAUAUGCUACCAGCAGCAGGCCCAGGAAGCAAAAAAGGAAGAGGAACGCAGAGAGUUUGAGGCAGGAUUGGCUGCACACAAGCUUUUUGAGGAGAAGAUGCAGAAGGUACUAUCUUUCCAUCAAGUACUGCCUCGGAACAUCCAUCCCAUGCGGAGAACAUGCCAUAGCAAUGUUCAACCAUAGUUUCGUAAACAUCAGUGUAUUUUUUUCUCAAGCUGUUGACAUUUUCAUUACAAUAUGCUUGUAUGCUCCUCUUAUUAGAUGGAGAAAUGUUGUACUUUCCUAUAAAAGAACUUAUAAAAUAA